AUGAGGGCUGCAUUACUUAGUUUAGGCAGUGUGGUCCUUACAGUGGCAGUUGUUGGAAGCGCAUAUUAUCAAAAAAAGCAAUUUUAUCCUUCUGUGGUUUACAUCACAAAAUCAAAUCCCAGCAUGGCUGUUAUCUAUCUGCAAGCAUUUGUUUUGGUGCUUCUAAUGGGUAAAUUAAUGAGAAAAAUCUUUUUUGGCCAGUUAAGAGCUGCAGAAACAGAACAUCUAAUUGAAAGGUCUUGGUAUGCUGUUACAGAAACAUGUCUCGCAUUCACAGUAUUUCGAGAUGAUUUCAGCCCUAAGUUUGUGGCACUUUUUACGUUACUUCUUUUUCUAAAAUGUUUCCAUUGGCUUGCCGAAGAUAGGGUGGAUUAUAUGGAAAGAAGUCCAGUCAUAUCGUGGCUUUUCCAUAUUCGAGUGUCAUCUUUACUUAUUCUUUUGGGAGUUUUGGAUUACUUUUUUGUCAGUCAUGCAUUUCAUAGUACAUUAACCAAAGGCGCUUCAGUGCAGUUAGUUUUUGGUUUUGAGUAUGCCAUACUAUUGAGUGUUGUGAUCAACAUCUUUAUGAAAUAUAUUUUGCAUUCCUAUGAUCUUCAAAGUGAAAAUCCAUGGGAAAACAAAGCUGUAUUUCUUUUAUACAGUGAACUGGUGAUGGGUUUGUUUAAAGUAGUUUUAUAUCUGCUGUUCAUGAUGAUUAUGAUAAAAAUCCACACUUUCCCUCUGUUUGCAAUUAGACCAAUGUAUUUAAGUUUGAGAGCAUUUAAAAAAGCUGUAAAUGAUGUUAUAAUGUCGAGAAGAGCAAUAAGAAAUAUGAACACAUUAUAUCCUGAUGCAACUGCUGAGGAAUUAGCAACUGUGGAUAAUGUAUGCAUCAUUUGUCGAGAGGAAAUGUCUGGCUCAGGAAGCAGCAAAAAGCUUCCUUGCAACCACAUCUUUCAUGCCUCUUGCUUGCGUUCGUGGUUUCAAAGACAACAGACUUGUCCAACCUGUAGAAUGGAUGUCCUUAGAGUUACAAUUCCUUCCCCCGCUCCUAACAAUCCUGCAGCGCCUGCCGGAAUUCCUGGCAUUCAACCUCAACAACCUCAAGCUCCAAACGUAGCAAAUUGGCCAGCAUUUAUGCCAGGAGCAUUUCCCGGACCUUUCCCAUUUAUGAUACCCCAAAUGGCUCCACAGCAAGCUCCUGUUGAUCAACCCGCUGCUCCUCAACCACAGCAGCCACAGCAACCAGCAGCCCCUUCCGGAAGUCAGAGGCCUCCAGAAAAUGUUCCUGCUGGUGCUCCACCUCUUAGUACAAGCAAUACUCAACCCACAACUGCGAACACAAAUCCUAUGUUCAUGCCUCCAUUUCCUUAUAUGCCAUUUCUGUUACCUCCACCUCCUCCUAUCCCAGCAACCGAUUUAAGUUCCUUAUCAACUGACGAACUUCUAGCAUUAGCUGGCCAAGAGAGGGAAAAUUUAGAAGCACGAAUUAGGUGCUUAAGAAAUAUACAGACAUUGUUAGAUGGGGCUGUAAUGCAAAUGCAGCAGUACAAUUCUGUUGUUGCGUCUCUGAGGACAGUGAAUGUUAAUUCUCCAAAUCAGACAACAGCAAAAAAUCCAAAUCCUCAAAAAACAGACAAUGUGCCAACCAUGAAUGGAGGUCACAUAAGCACAGAAUCUGUGCAAUCCACAUCAAAUAGUACAACAACUGAUGCACAUGAAGAGCUAAGACGCAGAAGGCUACAAAGGUUUCAGGAGCAAGGAAAUCCUGUUGCUGAAAGAGUAGAAGAAAAUCAUGAACAAUUAACCUAAUUUUUUCCCUUGAAGUGAUAGAUUUAUGAUAAAUUCUGUCCAUCAUUUGUCUGAAUGUUUGAGAACAUUUUCAUGCUGCUCUAAAUGGUGCAAGUCAGAAACAUAAAAGCACUGAAUUAAGCAGAAACUUUAAAAAGCUGAUCACUUAAGAUAUCUUGUCAAUGUGUACAUAUUGUAAUACUGCUAAUGAAAGUCUUUUUUCUAAA